CUGCAAGAUUGAGGGGGUAGUACCGUGCGGUUCUGCUCUCUGAGGGGCCACAUAAUUUCACCGCCAAUCGUCAAUCAGCUGUACUUAUGUAAAGUACUCAAGCAAGAUUCUAGCGUAAGAAGAAAUUCAUUUCGCUUGGUUGCAAGUUUAUUUCGGAAGUGAUUCCCUUAGAAACCGCGUUAUUUAGAGUGCCUGCAAAAUGGUGAAAGUGCCAAGUGUGAAACUCAAUAAUGGAGUUGAAAUGCCCGGUUUGGGUUUCGGGACAUUCCUUUCUAAGCCCAAUGAGGUGGCGGAAGCAGUAAAGCAUGCCAUUGAUAUUGGCUACCGAUACAUCGAUACAGCCUUCUUUUACGCAAAUGAGCAUGAGGUGGGGUUAGCAAUAAAGGAAAAAAUUGCUAGUGGCGUUGUUAAGCGUGAAGACAUUUUCGUUACAACUAAACUUUGGUGCAUUCACUAUGAUCCUUCCAGAGUUGAGUAUGGUUGCCGAAAGUCCUUGGAGAAUCUAGGACUAGAUUACAUUGAUUUAUACUUGAUUCAUUUCCCUGUUGGAUUCGCCUAUGUUGAUGAUUCUACUUUCAUCCCUAAAGAAGAAGGAGCACAAUUUGUUACGACUAAUGAUUACGACUGUGUGGACAUCUGGAAAGCUAUGGAGCAACUUGUGAAAAAGGGGUUGGUUCGAAGCAUCGGAAUUUCGAAUUUCAAUGCUGAGCAAGUUGAGAGAGUUUUAAAGAAUUGUGAAAUUAAGCCAGUGGUGAAUCAGGUCGAGUGUCAUGUUGAACUAAACCAAAAGAAACUCCGUGAGUUUUGCAAGGAACGAGAUAUUGUCAUAAUCGCUUAUUGUCCGUUGGGUCGACAUAAUGCGGAAGCGAAAAAACCAGCCUUUCUUUACGACGAACGCACUAAAGCGAUUGCUAAGAAAUAUAAUAAAACUCCAGCCCAAGUCGCUAUCCGCUUUUGUCUCGAUCUAGGCACCAUCCCUAUUCCAAAGUCCGUUACAAAUUCACGAAUCGAAGAAAAUUUCCAGGUGUUUGACUUUCAAUUAACUCCAGAGGAUAUGAAGGUUCUGGAAGAUCUUAAUGCUGGCAUACGUGUCUGUUACUUCAGUAUGAUUGAUAAAAGCCACAAAUAUUAUCCAUUUAAAGCUGAAUUUUGAAGAUGUCCUGAUGAUCAUCGAGUGAAAGAAAAUAUGAAAGUGGAAAUCUCGUUGAAUAGGAAAUAAGAACAAGAAACUAAUAAAUAAACAAAUUUGAUUUAUUUUUGGCAACAUA